GAAGAAUGUUUGAUUUCAAGGGAGCUUCCACUUUAGAAAAAGAAAAAAAAGUCUUUAUUCCUUAUAUGGCAUCGUUAGACUAUUGAGCACUGUGAAUGGAUGAUUGCACUUUAUUAUGCAUGGUUGUUUCGUGCAGUCAAGGAGCUCAGAACACUACCAGGAAAUUACAGCCAGUUUCUAGCAAAAAGUAGCAUUUAAAGGAGAAGCAGAUUCUUUAAAUCCACUACCAGAAAAUUGCAAUUAGUUUCUAUCAAACGGGAGUAUUUAAAGGAGAAGCAGCUUUUUAAAUCAAGAACAUAAAUAUGGGGAAAUCAGCCUCCAAGCAAUUUUCAGAAGAAGUCUUAAGAGCCCACAAUGACUAUAGGAAGAAGCAUGGUGUUCCUUCACUAAAACUCUGUAAAAAAUUAAAUAGAGAAGCACAGCAGUAUUCUGAAGCACUUGCUAGCACAAGAAUCCUCAAACACAGUCCUGAAUCUAGCAGUGGAAAAUGUGGAGAAAAUCUAGCAUGGGCUUCAUACGAUCAAUCAGGAAGUGAAGUAGCUGACAGAUGGUAUAAUGAAAUCAAGAAUUAUAAUUUCCAAAGCCCUGGUUUUUCCUCAGGGACUGGUCAUUUCACAGCAAUGGUUUGGAAGAACACAAAAAAGAUGGGAGUUGGAAAAGCAGCUGCAAGUGAUGGCUCCACAUUUGUAGUGGCUAGAUAUGAACCUGCUGGCAACAUUGUAAACUCUGGGCAAUAUGAACAAAAUGUUUUUCCUCCAAAAAAAUAAUAAUCUAUAUGAAAAGGAGGUUGUUUUCAAUAGGUUAUAAAAAGAAAAUUGGGAGUUCACCUGAUUACGUUGGAUAAACCACUGUUGAAUGGUACUUUAGUCUUUUAAUGAUUAUUUCAAGAAAUGUUUAAUGAAGAAGUAGUUCUGCCUACAAAAUUAAUUUUUGUACAGAACCAUUCCUGAAACACAAUGAAAGAUACAGUGAAAACACUGAAAGACAAUGACAAAAGCCAACAUAUGGAACAUACAUAUCAAGAAAUGUAAGAGCAAAAUAUAUUAAAAUAACAGUAUAAAAAUUAUAAUAUUUUGAUAUUAAAAUUUGCAAAUAUGUUUUAGAGUGUUUAUAUAAUUUCAUAUUUGUACAUAAUCCCUUCCUUAAAAUAUAUUUGCAAACUUUAAUAUCAAAUUAUUAUAUUUUAAUACUGUUAUUUCAAUAUAUUAUAUUUUCAAGGAUUUCUAAAAAGAGGAAAGACUGAUUUUAUUUGCCUACAAAUACUAUUCAUCCCCAUAGGGGUUGAUUGUGUGGCAACAGUUUUAAAUACGCUAGUCUGAAUGCAUAUGAAAAAUAGCAAAUGUCCUAACAUAAAUUGCAUGAAACUAUUUAUCUGGUGCAUCCAUCCAGUGUUUGUAGAUAAGCAUGGACUGGCAUAGUAGGUUGUAGGCAUUCAGAAAAUAUAACUAUUUUCACAGAGCAUAGAACCAUUGGACUCUCAUCUGACUUGUUUUUGCUUUUAUAUAAAAUGCAAGGACAGAUUAAACGAAUAGUUUCAUUUAGAAGUUUACUGAAGCUUACAGAAUUACUAUUUCUCUCACCCUCUUUUUACAUUGCGAAGACUUUGUAUCAGUGCAGCAUAUGGAGAGUGUGAGGCUCCUAUUAGGGACAGCUGACAAGACUGAGAAAUCGGUUGGUAGUGUCUGCACCAUCUGAAUAAUGCAGUUGAUGCUUCCAUUGCCACAAUAGUCAUGGCUUUUGCUUAGAAGUCACACUUUUAAAAGAAAUUUUUAAAAAGACUUUAAAAGGUUGAAAAAUUUAAACUCUCCUGGUUAGGAUAAACAGAUGUUAAAAUGAAUAUAUUACCCAUGACAUUUUUUUUAAAAAAUUGAAAUGCAACCAAUUUUAUUCCCAUAUAAAACUUUUCAAGACUGGAAAAAACAUUCAAUAGAUUUAUAUGGAAUGGGAGAAAACCUGAAAUAAAUUUUAAGAUUUUACAAGAUGGACCCAAUUAGCAAAACAAAGCUCAGGACCAUAUUGGUUGGAAACAUAUGAAAAAGCCCUUCGUGUAGUGGAUAGAUAAUGCUCUAAUGGAUAGACAAUGCUCUAGUGAAUAGACAAUGGCUAAAAUGAUGAUGAUGAUGAUGAUGGUGAUGAUGAUAUUCUUCCAUUCAAUCCUGUCUUGUUUUUGGAGACUGCCUGAACAAGCCCUGCAAUUUUCUUGGCAAAAUUUAUCAGAAGUAGCUUGCCAUUGAUUCCUUCUUAAGGUUGAGAAAAAGUGACUGGUCCAGAGCUCUAAAUGGCGUGGGUCCAGACUAUUUGAGGAGCCAUCUCACUCCAAUAAGACUAACUUGCCCCACCCACUCCAGUGGAAGAUGCCCAUUGGCCAAGAAAUUCCAGCUAGCAAUGUCAAAGGGAAGAGCCUUUUCUACUGUGGCCCCAGCCCUAUGAAUCAUUCUACGAUCAGAAGCAAGAACUGUUCCAACUCUUCAAGCAUUUCAGAAGGGUAUUAAAACCUGAUUUUUGCCAGUUGCUAUAUGAGGUGUUCACUGCUGGAAGUGAUUGACAGAAUAAGAAGAAAUCUCAUCCCAAUGUUGUUUGUUUACUUGGUUUUAGUUUUUAUAUAAUGUUUACAUUUUUAAAUUGUUUUUAUACUUUUUUAAAAAAAAUUGUAAGCCACCCAGAGUCACCUUAUCAUUGAGAGGGGAAAAGUAUAAAUACAAUAAACAAACAAAUAAAAAAUAAACAAAUAAAUAGUCACAAAUAAUAGGACUUUGUGUCCAAGGCUGGGCUAGAACUCCUCUCCUGAUUUCUAGCCUGAUGUGUUAACUACUGCACCAAACUGGCUGUCUAAACUGGCUGUCUAAUAUUGUGUAAUAUGGUAUAACAUAGUAUACAUAUUACUUAUCACAGAUAACAGAAUUGAGAAAAUGACCAAAUCAUAGAAUAUCAGUUUCUCUCAGACCUAAGCCCAAAGACAACACCGUGGAAUCCAAUAAAGUUGAUAACCGCAUUACUAGGCUUAGAGAUUGAAGAGUCUAGCCCUUUUAUAACCUCAAGUGACUUCCCAAGCACCAACUCAUAAGGAGAGAUCUCCAUAUCAUUCAUAGAUCUAGUCUACAAGGGGAACAAGGCUACAGGCUGGAUUUGGGGGCACUGAUAAAUGCUUCUCCUGACAAAGUUUAUCAUGUAGUGUUUUUAGCAUCCUGUUAACUCACUGGGCUUCCCUAAUGGCUGCAGGUUGUAAGGGGUAUGUCAGUUUUGGGUGUCACACAAGGCUUAUAGAAUGUGUGAAAUGAUCUGAAAAACAAAAUGUUUCCUUCAAUCCAUGUCCAAUGUGCUAGAUAUCCCAAAUCAUGGCCUAAUAUCCUUUAGGAGGUAGUGAGCAGUUUCAAUGGCUGUAGCAUGUCAGCAAGAAGCUCACUAUUAUCAGUGAAACUCACUGUUAUCCAGUGAGUUGAUCUCUACACAGAAUAAUGUACUGGAAGCCACAAACUUCUCCAAAUCUUAGAGCAGAGGUGUAACUGUCUCUCCUUACCAAUGAGCGCAAAAAAAAAUAAAAAAAAAAAUCUACAAAAUCCUAAAUAGGCACAGAAUUGCACCCACCAGAAAAAGUGUGGAUGGAGAAAAGACUGUACUUAAAGAGAAUAAUUUAUUUGGAUGCAAAAUUUUUACUCUGGUGAGCUCAGGUGAAUGAUAUGACUGUCUGCAUUCUUUGUUGGGGAGACUGUCUGCAUUCUUUGUUACGCCAAAGAGAGAGAGGUGACAAAUCACACCAACUCUGUAUUUACUCUUUCUUUUGCUUUAUCAACUGCAAAGUUAUGACUAUAAUUGAUUUUUUUUAAAUUCAGUAUAACUUCAAAGUUUUUUUUUAAUAUUAAGAGCUGCAUACUUUUAAGAUUAUACUUUUUGAAAUCAAUUGAAUGCAAUUUGUGUACAAAGAUUUUUUUCCUCGAACCAUAAAUGCAGAUUAUAAUCACUGAAUUUAUAUGAAUGAACUAAAUAUGAAUUUCUAUGUACUGAAUGAUCUGAAUAAACCGAAUGAUCAUUUCCAGAGUCUGGCUGCUACAGAACCUCUGAUUGUUGCAAGGCAAGGCUUUGUUACUACUAACCAUAAAGCAAAACUGCAAAUUUAAGUAAGGCUGCAAGUGUAUUAGAAUAGCUAAACUGUGAUUUAUGAGGACUGUAGAACUCUGCUCUAAGCUGGCCAUAAGAUACCACAGUUUCUGUUUUUCUGCAAUUAUUACUCCAACCUAGAAAUAAUACACCCAGUUUCUAUUUCUCUACAAUUAUGAUUCUACCCUGUGAAUGAUAAAACUGUAAAGACUGCAACAUUUUAAUGGAAAGAACCUCUUCAGUAUUAUUGCAAAGUACUGUUUUUUUUUAAGUAAUUGUUUAUAUUAACUACAAGCUGAUAUUUCCUUUUUUUUCCAUUUUAGCUGAGCUUUUAAGUAUUUUUCUUUUCAUUGUUUUAUUCAUUUGUCAGUCCUUUAUACAUCUGUGGAUUACAACCUAUAUCUAGUUUAAUGCAUUUAAAUUCUACGUCCACAUUAAUCGCAAGCAGAACUA